CAAGCAACGAGAGGGAGAGAGCGAGGGUAGUAGGGGGCGGGGGUCACCUUUUGUGCAAAUAUAUCAACCAAGACACUGCCACCCGCAUCAGAUUUCUCGCUGAGAGACUGAGAGAGAGAGAGAGAGAGAGAGAGAGAGAGAGAGAGACAGGGUGAAUGUUCCAGUGAGUGAGGCAGAAAGCAGAGAGAGAAGGUGAGGAAGACUCUACCGGGCUUUGUGCAACUGAAACGGCGGGUUUUCACCAGAACUGAAGAAAGACCUGUAAACAACAUUGCAGAAAAAGCGAAAGAAAUCUACAAAGUUAGAAGAACUAUGGACGGGACGCUUAUAUCGGGACGCACUUCGCUGCUGUGCACCUUGCUGCUUUUGGGAACGCAAGUUUGCUGGGCGUCUGUGACAGUGACCGUCAGCCCUAAGGUGGAAGUGAUCCUGGGGCAGCCAAUCAAACUUCCCUGCACCUAUGACACCUCGGAGCCAACCAAGAUGAUUGUGGUGGAGUGGCUCAUUGAGGGUCAGGGUGUGAGGACUCGUAUCUCCUUCCGCUCCAGCCAGGAGUCGAAGGUGGACGAGGGAACGCCGUACUCGGACCGCAUCACCAUGGGCGAGGACGACUCCCUGAGCAUCAAGGCGGUCGCCGUGGGCGACGAGCGUGCCUUCGUCUGUCAGGUCAACGGCGGGGUGGUGGGCGCCGCCGAGGCCCGCACUGAGCUCAAAGUCUUCUCUGCUCCAGAGGAACCAGUAGCUGCGGGUACUCUCCAACUCCUCUCAGUGACAACCCCAACCCCUGAGGAGAUCGGUACCUGCACAGCUAAGAAUGGUCACCCACAGCCCCGUAUCAUCUGGUACAAGGACGCCAGCCCCUUGCCUGAGGUCAAGGACAUCAACGAAGACAUGUACAUGGUUCCCUCCGUGGUGAAGGAGUCGUCGGGUCUCUACACCAUCAACAACCGGCUCUACAUCAAGGUCCAGAAGGCCGACAAGGACUCGAAGUUCCACUGCGUGGUUGAGUACAUGAUGCCCAGCAGUGCCGCACAGCAGAAGAGCUCCCAACCCUUCUCCCUGAACCUGCACUACGCCAUGGAGGUCAUGACCUUCACCACAGUCAACGUGGGUCCAAUCAAAGAGGGGGACGACGUCAGCAUGAAGUGUGAGACCGAUGGAAACCCCCAGCCUGAAUUUGAUUUCCUCAAGGCCGGCAACGCCAUCCCUGACGCAAAAGGCCCACUUGUGACCCUGAAGAAAGUGACCCGUGACAGUGCGGACAAUUACACGUGCUCGUUUUUAGACUGCGACUUCAGCGAUUGUGACGAGAUCACCAGGACCCUGAAGUUGUCUGUGCACUACCUGGACCCCGUGGUGAUCGCCCCAGCCGGACCCCAGACGGCCAAGAAGGGAGACACCGUGGAGCUGCAGUGCAAGACCAAAGCCUCCACCGACUACACCCUGGUCUGGAAGAAGGACUCCAAGGAGCUGUCUCAGACCGGAGUGCUGUCGCUGCAGUCGGUGUCGCUGGAGGACGCGGGCGUGUACUCGUGCGUGGGCGCUGUGCCCUCUGUGCCCGGCCUGAUGGAGGAGGCCACUGUGACCCUCGUCGUCUCAGGACCCCCUGAGAUUGAUGUGCCCACUAACGGAGAGGUUGAGAAGGAGGGCGACAUGGUGACUCUCACCUGCUCUGCUCAGGGACAUCCCUCUCCACAGUUCACCUGGACACCAUCUGGAAAAGAGUCUGUGGACAUGAAGGGCACUACGAUGGUGAGCACUGUGACCCUGAAGGCCACGGCCGCCGUCAUGAAGGAAGGGGUCGUCUGCAAAGUAAGCAACGAACACGGAGAAGACACCAAAACCUUCCAGGUUGCCCUCAAGACAACAGCUGGUCCCAAUGAAGCUGACGCAGGCGACAGAGGAAACCCUGUGUUUGCUACAGCGGACAAGCAUCAGGGUGGCUCCAGCGGAGUGGUGAUCGCCGUGGUGAUUUGUGUGCUGCUGCUCCUCAUCGUGGUGGCACUGCUCUACUUCCUGCAGAAGAAGGGCAAGCUGCCCUGCGGCAAGAAGGACAAAAAAGAAGUAGCGGGAGGAGAGGUGAAUAAUGACAUCGUAGUGGAGAUGAAGUCUGGAGAGAAGGGCAAUGAAGAGUCGGAGCUCCUGAACAAGUGAUAAAAAGAGAAAAAGGCCAACAAGAAGAUCAAGAGAGGAGGACAGCGGAGGAGGAGGGGGAGGAGGAGGAGGAAGAGGAGGAGGAGGGUGAUGGGUGCUGUGCUGAUUCGACUUUUAUUUCUGAAAGAGGGAAAAUCGGAAAGAGGACUUUGGGGAGAACAAGAUGGGUUCACAUGAACAAUUGCAUUGGUUUUGUUGGGGAAAGAGGCUAGGGUACGGGGGUGAGGGAGGAGGGGGGGGAGUUGAGGGCGGGGGGGGGACUGGUUGCUUCAUUUUUGGCAUUAUUUACUCAUGGGGACCCAGAUCUCAGUGGAACACACCAUGUAAUCAAAACAAAGGAUUCUUCCCACCAAUUACAAACAUGCAGAAGAGUGCUCUAGAGCAGCGCAAGGCUCGUGCGACUCCUGACAGUGAUAACUGAUCUUUUGCUUACUCCAAACUGAGACGUACAUGUGCCACUUGAUUCACUGUCAGGUCAGAAGUCAAAAGCCAAAUCUGCACUCUGCAUGUUUUUAAAUGCUGUUGAGUUCAGUGCAAUGUUGCAUAAAGCUAUUCUGCAUCGUUUUCUGCACUUAUUCCUCUGACGGCUACCCCGAAGAGGGCAAAACGUAAUUCACUAAAUGUUACUUCAUUCUUACUGGUGGCUCACAUGAUUGGCUCAGAGGGCAACCUGCGGAAGCCGUGUGUCUUCUCUCUCCUUUCUGUAAAAUAACACGAAUCACAAACGUAGUCAUGGUUACCGGUGCAAUAGAAUGCAUGCCGUUAUCAUCCCGGCAGGCAGCCAUCUUAGAAACAACCAUCCCCAGUCAUGUUCCACUCUGCAUGGCCGAAUUAUUGCCCACCGAUUUAACACUCAAUCAGACUCAAUCAACAUUGUGAAGGCUGUGGAGAGGCCCUAACUGUUUUUUCCCCCUCAAGCUAAAACCAAAAGGCUUCAUUUUUUCGGGUGGUGCGGGAGUAUUGGUGGGAGGGAGGGGGCAGGGGGGAUAAUGGAAAUCUCAGUAGAACAAUUUGCAUAAUAUUAUUGGUUGGUUUUUAACAUCACACACAAGGCAAAAGAUGGAGAAAAGAGGAGAGGGGAGGAGAGGAGAGGAGAAAAAAGGUGAAGUUAAAACUGCCACCUCAGUCACAACUUCUCUAACUCAGUUAGCUCAUUCCCUCACUUUAUCUUCAGGUUAGCAGGAGCAGGGGCAGGAGCAGGGGCAGGGGCAGGGGCAGGGGCAGGGGCAGGGGCAGGGGCAGGGGCAGGGGCAGGGGCAGUCCAGGCUUGUUCAAAGACUCUGCUCCCUGCCUGGAUGCCUAAUUACAAACCUCAGACUACACGCUUUUGUAAAGCAGCUACGGUCUUAGAGAACCGACAACAGCCUUGCUGCCUUUGUCUCCUUGCGACUUUAUGUGAUAAACCUUGUCAAUACAAAACACGUUAUGUAUGAGCCCUUGUUCAAUUAAUUUCUGGCACUCGCCCUGAAAAAAAUAUAUUUUUCUUUUUCCUUUGAACAUACCCAACGGGGUUCCAAGUUGACUACUACUGGCAUAUCUUUAAUUGACUGUAACAAACCAUUCACAACAUUUCUUUAAAAAAAAAAAAAAACACCAGUAUAGCUGCCAUUUUUGCUCACACACAAACACAUUUUUAGAAAGCUUUGAAAAUUAUCUAAAUUUAGCAGGUUGUACCAGGAGUUCUGCUAGGCUGUCUCUGCUAUAAAAACACAGCGCCUGUGUGGUCAUGAUUUUAUACUUAUUUUAAACCAAAAAAAAACAUUGAGGUAAACACUGAGUUUGUUAUGUUAUUUCUAUUAGGGUUGUAUAUUAUGUGGCAGGUUUCUAUGUUUCUAUGUAUGUUCUGUAAGAUUGAUUUCAUUUUGUAUCUGACUUGACUAAGCACACCGUGGGGAAAGUGACAUGACCCUCCUCUUGUUCUUUCUAGUGUUUCACAUGUUUUCGGUUGCUGUUACUAUGACGUCCAUCCCUGUGUCUGGUUGUCCAUCCAGUAUGUGACAGAGUUAGUGUGAGAUGGUGAGAGGUGCCUAAUUAUCUUCAUAAAACACAUACACAAAUUGGCCUAAAUACCAAUUCCGCAUAAGCAUGUGUGUUCUAACCACAAAAUACAUUCCCCCGGCUAUGCAUACACACACACACACACACACACACACACACACACACACACACACACACACACACACACACACACACACACAAGCUCUCUGUACUUGCCAGCUCGCAACCCAGUCAGCUGCAGCUGCAGAAUCGCCCUCCUUCUUCAUGUCAGUCAGAUGCAGGGGCACAAAGGCACACACACACACACACACACACACACACACACACACACACACACACACACUUCAUGUCAGUCAGAUGCAGGGGCACAAAGGCAUGCCAGUAAGCAGCGUGGAGCUAAUAGGCGUCACAUGCACUGUGCCUCAGCCACAUUUGAUCAGGGACGGGAACCAAUUUGAUUAUUGAUCAGGGACGGGAACCAAUCAGAUCACUGAUCAGGGACGGGAACCAAUUUGAUCACUGAUCAGGGACAGGAACCAAGGUGUGUGUGUGUGGGGGGGGAGGGGGGUUGGAUAUGGGACAUUCAUUCACUCUCUCUGUUGAUCUUUUGAUUUGUUUUGUUUUUGUUUUGUUUUCCAUUUAAAAAAAGCAUUGUUACUCGCUUCAAGAAGGUGUUCAGAAUGUGUUUGGUGUGUUGUGUAUCUCAUACCUUGUGAUGGCUGGAUGAGCAGCUCAGACCUCUGUGAUUGUCUGGUUUAGCCACUCUAGCUUCUUCUCUCUCUUCACACACUGGACAUGAUGUUUAUAGCAGGAGGCCGUGACCUUCACUACCACGUGGGUAUACAAAACAACAUCUACUGAUUAGAUUCAACACAGCCAUAACUGAAUGAUUGUUAAAUGACACAGUACAUGUGAUGGAAGACAGACACCAACCUAUUGUACAAACCUUGAAUGUGGGUCUCUUGUGGUUUUUCUUUGAACAAUUUUCAUAAUAUUGUGAUCUUUUGCUAGCCUUUUUUCACUGAAUGCUUCAAACAAGGGGACUGUUGUAUGUACUACUGAGUUGUUACGUUUAUUUUUGCAUCUUUUCAUAAAUUUGUGAGAGAAAAGAGAUAUUUUUAAUUGGAUAUUUUGUCUUGUUUUAUCGAGUAUUGUGAGUUCAUAUUUUCCCUUCUGAUAUACUGUAUAUUUUGUGGUACGCAGUGUGUGCUUUUGUAGCUUGUCAUUGUGUCUAUUUUUUUUGGAACGGUGUAGAAUUUAUACAGAGAGAAAAAAAAACAAUGAAAAAAACUACCAAAC